GAUCACCGGAAAACGACAAAGAAAAAUUGACGACGAGACUGGAAGAGGAAAAUUCUAAUAGGCGUAAGCGUGUUUAAAAGGCGGCACGAUCAAGCAAAUUCAUCAUUUGUUCUUCAUAUUUCACAUUUUUUUUCUGUUUAAACGGAGAAAAAUGAAUUGGGUUCAACGGAAAAUUUAUCUCUACAAUGUCACUUUUGGUUUGUACAUGCUCGACUGGUGGGAACGUUGUCUCUUCAAUAUUUUGGUGCUUGUGUUGCUAUGGUUUAUGUGUUACAACGGGUUUCGAUUUGCUUCUGAGCUCUUCAAUAGCGAAUUAAUAGAAUUUAAUAACCAAUGGCGGAUGCUAGCAAAAAGAGGGACAUUGGAUGGAAUUAUGGCACUCAAGGAUUGAAUAAUUUUGAAGAAGAAUAGAAUUUUAAAGUUUUGGUUUAUUGUAUUUUGAAUUGUUUGGUCUUUAAAGUUUUAGACAUUUUAGUAUCUACUAUUGGUUUUUGAAUUGAAUAUUUGUUAAUAUGUGUUAUUGCUAUUAAGAUUUUGGAUAAAAUAUGCAAUUAAAUAUUUUUAAUUUUUGGUAUUAAUUGGCACCUUUAUUCAAAAAGGCAAGCGCCUCGCCGCUCGCCUCGCCGCGUGGCGAGGCAGGCCCUUGUCGCCUCUCGCCGUCCACAACACUGGUGUGAGGAGAAUUAUAUGGUCUUAGUUUCAAAUCCCAAGUGAAAUCCUACUGAAUCCAAAGGAAUUUAGCUGGAAAAAAUAGUCAAGCUAAAGUUGCAAAAUCAUGACAUCUGAAUGAACCCAAUUCAUGAAUACUCCAUUUGGCAAUCUGUUGUUCUUCAAAUUUAUGUCAAUUCUCCAUUGACCACCAUUGUCUAUAAAGCUACACCAAGUUCUGAUAUUUCUCUUGUUUCCUGAUUUAGUUGAUAUGAUUUAAGAUAGAUUUAAGUUAUUUUAUAGUAAUUUUAAUUAGUAGUACCUUGUUAAUAGAUGCAGAUUAUUUUUGUAGUAACCUUUCAUGAGGGGCCUAACUUUCUUCUUUGAUGAAGUAAGUUGUUGCAUUUCUGGCGUCAAGAAGAUGCAAUGGUUACAAAAGAAGUAAUGUUAGCUCCAAUACAUUUGUCUAUGCUAGGACUGGGAACUAACAAAAAACAAACAAGAAGGGACAGUGUCUGGACAAAAAAAAAUGAGACUAUGCUAAAAUGCAAUUAAGCUGUUAGCUCUAUAUACCAAAAAAACUAAUCUAUGUGUAGGGAGCUAACAAAGUCCAAAAACUAUUCAGGGAAAUCUACGGGGGAAAGUUUACUUUAACUAAAGAGAAGUAGGAUACAUUUAGCCUUGAGAGAGUGAUUUGGAGUUGAUAUCACACCAUUAAAACAUCUGUGAUUCCUUUAUCUAUGCUAUCCAAAAAAUGCUUUCUGGUAUUAUAGUCCUGACUUUCCUGAUGGCUUUAUCAACUUUUCAUGAGCUCCAACAUUCACCUGCUUACUUCAGAUUUUGUGGCACCACUCAUUUAAGUCCAAAAAUAGAAUAAAACAUAUUUCAAAUGUCAUUUGCAACUGUACAGUGGAGCAGUGAGUGAUUGACUCUACUGUUUUUUGGGCAUAUUGCAUCUAGUUGUAAUUUGAAAGUUUCUUAUGACGAGGUUGUCCUGGAUCUAGCAUGCUCCAUGUUAUUCCUAGCCAGUUGUAGCAAAUUAUCUUCAUUGGUAACUUUGUCCUCCAAAUCAGCUUCCAAAUACCAUUGUGGGAAGUUAAUGACUGUAACCUUUUCUAGCUGUGACUAUUCCUUCUUUUGUAUGAUCCCAUUUUAGACUAUCUGGAUUCUGAUGCAUCACUAAUCACUGAGUCGUCCAAUCUUGUUAGGAGACCUAGGAGAUCUUCUCCGUCAUUGAUAUUCGUUCUAUAUAUAAUAUUCCAGCUUUCCCAUCGCUAAUGAUAAAUGGAUAAGUUAGUAUCCCAAAAAAAAAAUGGAAUAGUCGGAGGAAUUCUUUCAUUAGAACAGAGUUGCUUAGCAACUUAUAUAUUAGAAUUUCCAACUGAGAAAGAUUAUUCUGUAGAAAUUCCUCCCAUAGUUUGCUAAUAGUUUUCCGUAGACAUACCCCUGGAGGUGUUCUUUAAACUUUGGUGCACCAAUUUCCAUGCUUUGCUUUAACAACUAUCUUCUUUUUUUUAAACUGGUAAUGUUAUAUUCCUCAGCAUUAAGGUAUGCUGGAGAGCUCCAAAAAGGUAGCAACAAGCCGGGUAAUGUUGCUUUAACCACUUUCUUCCAGAGACAUCCUGGCUUUACCUCCAUAGCAUGUCAUUGUCAUGCAUUUGUCAUGAAUGGCUGGGUCUCUUAUUCCCAGACCCUCUUGAGAUAUUGGUUCAGUGACUUUGGUCCAUUUCACUGAAGUGAACUUUAUGAAAACUAUUAUUACCAACCCUGAGAAAAUUCCUCCUAAUCUUGUCUAGUUGCUUGAGAACCUUACCUGGUUUAGGAAUGAGACAUGUAGUAAGUAGGGAUGCUUUCCACAGAACACUGUUGACUAGUGUAACUCUACCUUCCGCAGAGAUACUGCAUUUUCCACGGUGCAAGCCUUUUCUCCAAGUUUCAUACUGUAUCCAAAUUCCAACAGCUCUGAAUUUAGUAAUGGAAGCCCCAGCUAUAGGUAGUUGGGAAAAUACAAUUACCGUAGUACAAAAGAUCUAUCAGUUAAGUCAAGUUUGACUUUGAAUUAGCGGAUACCUCACACUCUUCAACAUGUUGAGGUGAAGAUCUGAUGAAGCUUCAAAUAUUAAGAGCGUGAGAUCAAGUUUACGAACUUGGGUUAACUCUACUUGAAAAAAAAUCGAAGUACAUCAGCCUAGAGUAAGUAGCACUGAUUGAGUUCUUAGAAGCCCAAUCUCAAACCUUUUAACUAACUCAUUUGAACAAAUUUAUCCUACAUUAUUUUUAUAUCCCUCGAUAGCCAAGAUGAAGAGGAAAGUGAGAAGGGUCCCUCUGUCUAAGAUCCUUGAAAUCCUGCUGGAGAACUGGUAAUUUACACUGAGAACUUGACUAUGGAGAUGCUGAACUUGAUCCAUCUAACACACCUAUCACCAUACCUGAUUUCCCUUAGUAUAGAGAUAAGAUGUGACUAAUUUAGUUGAUGAAAAGCUUUCUCUAUAU